CAAAAUGUCGAAUUAUAAAAUUGGUGUGAACUUGAGGGUGACAGAAAAUAGCAACCAAGGAGGACGAAAAUAUAUGGAAGAUAACCAUGCCAUAAGAUUUGUGAAAAACGACGAAGGAGGGUUUGAAUUCGCUUAUUUUGGAAUUUUUGACGGUCAUGGCGGAUCUGAAGCGUCAAUGUUUGCUCGCGAUAAUCUCCUUGAUGAAAUUACAAAGUAUGAAAGUUUUUGGAGCGAUAAGGACGCUGAUAUACUGGAGGCAAUUAAAACAGGAUUUAUUGAUGUUCAUCAUGGGAUGUGGAGAGUUGUCGAUAAAUGGCCUAAAACAAUGAGUGGCCUUCCCAGCACUGCCGGUACAACAUGUACAAUAGGCAUCAUAAAGAACUCCAAGUUGUAUGUUGGCCAUGUUGGCGACUCCGGCAUUGCGCUCGGCUUCGAUGACAGCAAGUGUGAGAAGUUCAUCAGACCAAGGGGAACUAUGCUGACCAUUGACCACAAGCCAGACAGUCCAAUAGAAAAGAAAAGAAUAGAGGAAUGCGGAGGUCAGGUGGUGGCCAAGUCAGGAGUCCAGCGAGUCGUCUGGAAUAGGCCAAAGGUCAACCACAAGGGACCCAUCAGGCGCAGCACACCAAUUGACAGGAUUCCUUUUCUGGCCGUCGCUCGAAGUCUAGGGGAUUUAUGGAGCUAUAAUUACCUGAAUGAGGAGUUUGUUGUGUCACCAGAGCCAGACGUGUCAGUUCAUCCCCUUGACCCGACACGCGACAAGUGCCUUGUGAUUGGCUCUGAUGGGUUGUGGAACAUGAUCUCUGCUGAGGAAGCAGUCUCCGUGGUUGUGGAUCUUGAGUACCAGUUCGAGUACAAAGUUAUUCAUGAUCCACAAGCAUCUGUUUCCUACUGGAUCAAUCCAGCAGAAAAACUGGUAAAUCGGGCUCUCAGUAAGUGGCGAGCACGUUCAAUGAAGGCUGAUAACACAAGCUGUGUAGUUGUACUCAUCGAUCCCCUAGGUCCUCGCAAGCUGUCUAUUCUCAAAAAGAAACGUGAAGAACACUUCAAGAAAGUUCGAGAAAUGAACGCUAGGAACACUGAACUAGGGAAAAAAUUGACGGAAGACAGCAAGACUGGUAUGCGAACAUCGCCCAGAAAAUCUGGGGAGAAAGAGGAGGCUGCAAGUACCAUUCCACUUCCUGCAAGUCAAAAAGUUCUUGCAAAGGGAGAUAAAAGUCAGGAGGAUUCUGGGGAAAAAUCAUGGAAGGACAUGGCCGAGGGUGUUGGUGUAGCAGUCAAGUCAAUGUUAUCAGGUGAUCGGGCUCGGCAAAGUUUAUCAGGAAGUGCUUCCCCCAGUCUUGAUGACAGUGUUCAGGCUGGUAGUGCCCACCACAGGGCAGCUUUUGAUCCUAGUCCUGCAGGACCCAUCGACCAAGAAAUUGAAGACAGAAUGAACAUGUCAACCAUCUCGCACAACAUGCCAACAGUGGAUGUUUCACCUACAAAGGCUGCUGUGGUGAACACCUCGAACACAAAAAGUUUUGAAAACCAAUCGCUUGUCCUGAAAAAGACACUGCCCGCGAAAUUUUUACCUUGCACACGGACACGACAAAGACAUUCUUCGUCCGGCAAUUCAGGCACAUCCCAUGCCAGAAUGCCUGAUACGACAAAUGUAAUUCAGUCAGUUCAAAAAAUGCAGAAUACAUGUGAUGUCAUGGCUAGAGACAAAAAAUCUGCUAGUACUGUUCUGACAAAAGAAAAGCGAGCAAUGUCGAUGCCAGUGUUAAUUGACAGUCAGCUUCAGUCAAGUAACAGAAUAGUGUCUGCACGUGAAUGUAUUAAGGAAGGACUUCGUGGUGCAAUGAAGGGUAUCUUUAAUGCUGGCUCUUCAAAUUUGAAGGUAAAAACAAGUUCAGAUCUUAAUAAGGCACAUGUUCGUCGUCAUUCUCAUCACCAAGUGCAAUCCACCAAAGGCCAGACGCUUCGAUCGAGUGGCAAAUCUGACACAAACAAUUCCUCUCAUGCCCGUCCCCUACCUCACUCUACAAACAGCACCAUGCUGCGGAUGGCUACAAGGCUUCGCAGUGGUCUGAGAUUGAAGUCGGGAGGUGUUAGUAAAAUUCUGCGAAGUACGGGACAAGUAGAAAACAAAAAGUUUGUGAAACGGACUCGACUAGCCGGUACAAAGCGUAAGGCUGAUUCUCCUGUUGACAUAGCAACAGUGAAGAGGUUGUGUCGACACUGACAGUGCUAUAGAACUUCCUGUAUAUAGGCUUACACUUAAUUUAUUGAUCAAGUGCAGCUCAUAAUUAAUUGGUCAGCGUUUUUUCUAGCUCAAAAACUCUGCCUGACAGAAAAUGUUGCCCCUUCCAUUCCAAAAUCUUGAGGCAGGAGGCUGUAUCAAAGAAGCAAAAAACAAUUGUAGAUUGAUUGUCUUUGUUCAAAAUGUUAUAUAUAUGAAUAGAGUACUGUGGGGGAAAAAACACCAUUUUAUUCUUUUUCAUGACCUGAAUGUUCCUAGUCUGUGAUUUUUGGUUUUCAUAUUUUUUACUAAUCAUUAAAGCACUUUUUAAAAAUGAUUUUUU